UAGAAACACAUAAAAAUAUCUAAUUUUGUGUUAUAACUCGCUAUAUGGUAAGUUGUGAAUGGUGAAAGUGUAUUUUCACAUAGCCCACCAUUAUACAUUCACCAAUUAUAACUUGCUAUGUGAUGAGUUGUGACAUAAAAUUGUGCGAUUUAAUGCUUCCAUAACAUUACACAGUGAACCCAAAUCACUUCCUUUCAUUUACUCACCAAUUCCAUCAGAUAUAUAUCCUCUCAUUCUUCUCUCAUUCUUCUCUCUUUCCUUUCAUUUACUUACAACUGAGACAGAAAAAUAGAAAGAAAAAAAUGGCGGGAAGCAGCAGUGAGGAAGAAAUGGAAUCGGUACUGCUCCCCAAUUUGGAUCUCAUCUACCAGGAUUUCAAGAAUGCGAUUGCGGAGAUAGAGUUGCUCAAAUCCAACAGUAACGCCGAGCUCAAAAUCCGAGAAGCCCUCCAAUUCACCACUCAUUCUCUCCGCCAAGAGAAUGAGCGGCUGACCAAACUGCAAUCAGAAUCUCUCCAUAAUCUUGCUGACCAGCUUGAACGGCGCACAAAAUGCCAGAGCUUGAAAGAAGAACUUAAGAGAGUGAGUGAUGAACGUCUCCAUCAAGAAUAUGAACACAGGAAGUCUAUGGAUUUGCUUAAGCAAGAUUACACGACAAAGGUUGGCGACUUAGAGGCUCAAAUCCAGGGCCUUCUGCUUGAAAAGGCAAGAAAUGAAGCAACCAUUAAUCUCCUUCGUCAGGAUUUAACAGUGCAUAAAACUCAUGUUCAGACUCUUGCAAAGAGGUUGGACCGUGUUCAUUUCGAUGUGGAAUCUAAAUAUGAUCUUGAGAUUCAGGAUCUGAAGGACUGUCUUAUGAUUGAACAGGAAGAGAAAAAUGAGUUGAGUAGGAAAAUUCAAGAACUGGAGAAGGAAUUGCUGAUUAGCAGAACAAAGUUGGUUGCACAGCAAAGAGAUACGGUUUCAAGUCGGCUUGUUGAAACACUUAAACUGAAGAUUAUGAAACUACGGAAGGAGAACGAGAUCCUCAGAAGGCAGCUUCCUUGCUCAGAAGAUGGCUUGAGAGAUGGUAUCUGAAUUUGUAUUACACUGUCAGGAAGCUUUGACAAGUAAGUUGAUGUGGAAAUUUUACAAUCUAGACUAGUAUAUGACUGUAAGGUAAAAUCUAUAUUUCCAAUCAGAUGAUGUAGACCUUAUACUGUUUCUUCAAAAUCAUGAGCUAAUAAAAUGAAGAACCUCAUUCUUGUAAAAUUGCAGUUGUUUUCAUAUCAAAUGUAUAUAUUCCUUUCCAAAAUCUUCUUGAAAAGAAAUCACAGUACAUGUUUAGCUUUUCUUUUGCGUGGAACAAGCACUUUCCGUAAAAUUUUAUCAUCGUCACAAACUUUCUAUAGGUGGAAGGCGUGGCAAGAGGGAAAACCUGUUUGUGAGUACUGUGCAGAGAGGAAAUUAAGGAAUGAGAGCGACAAAUUAUUUGGAAUAGAGAGGAAAGGAAUGAGCGCGACAAGUUAUUUGGUAUACUCGGUGUACUGCAUCUUUCUUGCAUAAAUGUAGGUUCAUAUAUAGGAUCUAUAGGUGGGAUCCCACUUUUACACCGGGUGUAAUGAAUAAUUUUAUAGGACAAGAUAUUACCCACUACUCCCUUGUUUGGCAGCCAAAAUUAAGAGAGGGAUGGUUCCAUUCUAUGGUGCUACAUAUGUUUGGUCCAAAAAUAGGUGGAGUGGUCCAUUUCAUUUUCUUAUGACAGGAAAUUAUACAAUUCACAUACUUUAUGGGUAACUAUUCAAUUUCGAAUGAAAUACCUAAAGUUUAGUCCUUUGAAUCACUGUUCCAAAAGUGUGUUUAGUCUUUAUGUCCCCUUGUUAGAAGCUUCCCUGUUGCAGAAACAAAUGAUCCAUUACAUUACAUUAAAGUCAACAAAAUCCUUUCGUAGCUUUGAUUUACUUAGAUUGUGCUUUCAUUUUGUUCGGGUUUGAAGUCAUUUUCGUUCACAAUUUUGAAGCCUUUCAUGGAGCCAAGGGUUUGCAAAGGUCUCUACCGUCAAAUGUGUCAUUGUGGUCUGGAUGAUUAAGUACUAAAGUUGUACUCCACUUAUUACCAGAACUGAGAAGCUUAAGGGUACAAACUAUAUCUCACUACUGGAAUUGACAGUUUUGCCAAUAAAAGUUGGCAAUUUAAAAUAGUUAAGAUAGUUGAACAUUUCUCACACUGCAAUCAAAGUAUUACCUGAUUCAGUAUGUACUUUAUACAAUUUGCAAACAUUACUGUUGGCAAGUUGUCAUUCUCUCACUGAGUUGCUUGCCAACAUGGGUUGGCUAAUUAACUUACAUCAUUUUGAUAUUAUUAGAACAAACUUGAUAGAAGUGCCAUUGCUAAUGGGUAGAUUGAAAAGUCUCCGAACAUUAACUUCUUUUAUUUUGGAAAAAAGGGUGGUUCUGACAUCAAAGAGUUGAGGGAGUUUCGGCAACUUAAGGGGAACCUUUCUGUUUUGAAGUUGGAAAAUGUAGUUGAUGCUAGAGAUGCUUUAGAGGCCAAUUUGAGGGAUAAGUUGCAACUUAAUGAAUUGGUAUUAAAGUGGGGUGGGGAUACAAAUGACUCCAAAAAAGAUAGAGAUGUACUAGACCAAUUGCAACCUCAUGCAAACCUGAGAAAGCUUACCAUUGAAAAUUAUGGUGGCACAAUAUUUUCAGACUGGUUAGGACAUGCAUCCUGCAAUAUCGUAUCGGUCCAAAUUCAUAAUUGUAAGAAUUGCCUCUCCUUGCCACCAUUUGGUAAACUUCCCUCUCUGAAGUUCCUCUCUAUUGUGGGAUAGAUGGAGUAAUGACUAUUGGUACAGAGUUUUAUGGGACUGUUGAUUCUAAAAGCAAGCCUUUUGCAUUGCUACAAACUUUUCGCUUCAAGAACAUGUUGCUAUUGCAGGGAUGGCUUCCUUUCAGAGAUGACAAUGAAGGUGUAGUAGCUGUCUCUCGUCUCCAACAGCUUUAUAUACAAAAUUGUUGUAACCUGACCAAGGGUCUUCCUGACAACCUUUUUUCUUUAAAGACACUUGUGAUUGAAAAGUGUCAGCUGCUUGUCACUUCACUUCCACAUUUACCAGCCAUAAAUGAAUUGAAGUUAGAGUAUUGCAAUAAGGUGUUGUUGAAUGAAUUACCACCUCAAGUGCUAAAGUUCACAAUUAGUGGAUAUGAUGCCUUGGUGUCCUUACCUAUGGGCAACAACCACUGUCUUGAAGAGUUCGAUGUCUCUGAUUGUCCAUCUCUCAGGUUGCUUCCUAGUAUUGGCAAAGCUGAUACAAUAAAAUCACUUGGUAUCAAGAACUAUGGAAAAUUACUGUUUCCGAUGCACCAAUGUUAUGCAUCCCUUGAGAGGUUUUGCAUAAGAUGUUUCAAUUCUCUCGUGUCCUUUCCAUUAGAAUUAUUUCCAAAGCUUAAUCAUCUUGAUAUCCACGGAUGCCAAAAUCUUCAUUCCUUUUCAUUUUCAAAUUGAGGACCACUUCAGCAUCUAUUAUCUCUCAGAAGCUUAAAAAUCACAAAAUGUUCCAAUUUUGUGUCCUUGUCCAAAGAGGAACUGCAUGCCCCCAACCUGACCCGGUUCUGUGUAUAUAACUGUAAUUAUUUGAAGGUGCUGCCUGACCAGAUGCACACACUGUUCCCAUCUCUUCAGACUUUGAGUAUACGGUGUUGUCCAGAACUUGAGUCAUUUCCAGAAGGAGGUUUGCCAUCCAGUUUAAACUCACUUGAUAUCCGCUCUUGUAACAAACUCAUUGUCGGCAGCAUGGGGUGGGGUUUGAAGGGACUACACUCUCUUAGGACUUCUAUAUCAGUGAUGAAUAGGAAACUUGGGAGGCCUUUCCAGAGAGAGGGUUCCUUCAGUCCUCUCUUACAUCCCUUGAAAUUUGGGGUCUGAAACAUUUGAAAUCUCUUGAUGGCAGUAAGCUUCAACAUCUUACUGCACAUAGAAAAUUGACUAUUGGCUACUGCCCAACUCUCCAGUCCAUGCUAGAAGAGGGUCUGCCAACUUUUCUCUCUUCUCUAACAAUGAAGAACUGUCCCAUGCGGAAAGAGUGGUGUUUGAGGGAGAAAGGAGAAGAUUGGCCCAAGAUAGAGCAUAUACCACUCAUCAAAAUUGACAAAGAAGUGAUCUCAUGAGGUUAUAGUCCACAUUCCCUGAAAUAUCUUUCCAUUGAAGGUUUUGAUGACUAGUGGCUAUUGGUCCUGAGUUUUAUGGGAACAAUUCUCUUGUGGCUCAGCGGUUUCUAUCUCUUGAAAUAUUAAAGUGUAGUUGGAUGUCUGCAUAGGAGGAAUGGUGCUCUCUCAGAGUUGAAGAUGAAUUUAUAGCUUUCCCUCGUCAGCAAGAGCUUCACUUAGAUGUUCUUUUGGAGUACCAAGAUCAGCACAGAGCUUUGUUAGGUCUGCUAAAGAUAUCAAAUUUCUUAAAGCAGAGUUUCAUGCAAUUCUGCAGGCUUCUAGUUCUCACAAAAUUGAGGCUUUUACAACAUUCCACCUGAUGAUUAUCCCAUAAUUACUUUUGUUGGUGACUACUACGAGUGUUGAAAGCAUUGGAACAAUGGAGAAUUUCUCUAAUAUUAUUGGUGGAAUAGGACUUCUCAUCUUGCUUAGUUUAGUUUACUGGAUGUUUUUUUUUCUGUCCAAAGAAGUAGCAAAAUGAACAGUAUCUGUGGCAAUAUUUCAUCCUGUAUAUUUGAUUGGGGAUUAGCUUUUUACAUCUUGUUGCACUAGAAAAAUUGGGGAUUGGCUACUGUCCAAAUCUUCAUUCCAUGCCAGGAGAGGGUCUGCCAACAUCUAUAUCUUUCCUGAGCGUCAAGAAAUGUCCAUUGCUGAAAAAUCGGUGCCUAAGGGAGAAAGGGGAAGACUGAUCCAAGAUAGCUCACGUACCAGUCAUAAAAAUUGAUGAAAACUUAUCUAAAUAUGAAGAGCUUAAUUUCUACAGGAACCCCAGCUGUUCAAUAUAUCCAACUUCUUCUCAAGAGAAGCAGCGCUAGUGCUUUGUCUGGUCAGUAGAAAGUCGAUGAUUUUUUGUCUUUAAGCUUGAAGCUUCUUGUUCCUUUCACUUCAACAGUCCUCCCUCUUCCUCUCCCUCUCUCUCUCUCUCUCUCUCUCUCUCUCUCUCUCUCUCUCUCUCACAACUGAGAGAAUAGAAAAAUGGAGGGAAGCUGCAAUGAGGAAGAAAUGGAGUAGGUAGUGCUCCCCAAUUUCGAUAUCAUCUACCAGAUUGCUUCCUAGUAUUGGCAAAGCCGAUACACUAAAAUCACUUAGUGUCAACAACUUUGGGAAAUUAGUGUUUCCGAUGCACGAAUGCUAUCCAUCCCUUGAGAGUUUGUGCAUAAGAAGCAGUUUCGAUUCUCGUGUCCUUUCCAUUAGAAUUAUUUCCAAAGCUGAAUCAUCUUGAUAUCCAAGGAUGUCAGAAUCUUCAUUCAUUUUCAUUUUCAAAUCAAGGACCGCUCCAGGAUCUCUCAUCUCUCAGAAGCUUACAAAUCAACACCGUUCCAGUUUUGUAUCCUUGAACUAGUGGCUGUUGGUUCUGAGUUUUAUGGGAACAAUUCUCUUGCAGCUCAGCGGUUUCUAUCUCUUGAAAUAUUUAAGUGUAGUUGGAUGUCUGCAUGGGAGGAAUGGUACUCUAUCAGAGUUGUAGAUGAAUUCAUAGCUUUCCCUCGUCUGCAAGAGCUUUACUUAGAUGUUCUUUUGAAGUAACAAGAUCAGCACAGAGCUUUGUUAUGUCUGCUAAAUUUAUCAAAUUUCUUAAAGCAGAGUUUCAUGCAAUUCUGCAGGCUUCUAGUUCUCACAAAAUUGAGGCUUUUACAACAUUCCACCUGAUGAUUAUCCCAUAAUUACUUUUUUUGGUGACUACUACGAGCAUUGUAAGCAUUGGAACAAUGGAGAAAAUCUCUAAUAUUGAUGGUGGAAUAGGACUUCUCAUCUUGCUUAGUUUAGUUUACUGGAUGUUUUGUUUUCUGUCCAAUGUAGCAGCAAAAUGAACAGUAUCUGUGGUAAAAUUUUCAUCUUGCACUAUUGGAUUUUUUAAGUUGUAUGUUGUAGUUCACCAUCCAUUUUGUUUGAAAAACGCCAGAGGCUUGUAGUGCUAAUUUUAAUGGUAAUGCUUCUAGUUUGUGUGGCUUUAA